AUGGACGUAGAAGAAAAGAUAAGGGAAGAUAUGAAAUUACUAGGAUGUUGUAACGAACAGAAAAUAUCACUAGCCUUUCAUUUGUACGUUAACCUUGUUGACGAACAACUCAUGUACGACACAGAGUAUUGUUACAAUAAGGACGUCGACACCCUGUAUAUUGUGGCGAGGCCUGAUAAAUCUCACAAAAUGAAUAUAUACGUGCCAAUACCGUCUUCAUUUGAACUUUCUUUCGAUUAUAUCAAUAAGCUACAGGAUAACCUGUGUACCGUUGAGACCGGGCCCAGUAUUAAUCUAGCUAUUCUGGAGGAGGACUUUACUCUAGUAAUUUACUCUCUAACCAAGGGUAUCCAAUCUCGUCCCAGUGAAGAAAAGACAGCAGAGUUUAAAAUGAAAGAGGAGAGAAGGACGUUUAUAAACAGUGAGUUGAAAAAGAACAGAGAUAGUAUUUUAAAUGAUGCACUGAAUGGUGGUUUUGUUGAUGAUGAUGACUGUCAAAUAAUAGACUAA